UAAUAUGACGUUUUUGACAGUUGGAAAUUUAUGUUACAGAUUAUAUUCUGCAAAUAGAUGACUUUGAAGAUAACAAAUUACGAUUUGAAUAAGUUGUCAAAAUGACAUUGUGACAAUUGUGUUAAGAUAUUUCGAAUUUAAAACAAAUUGCUCAUGUUAAACGAACCGUUACCAAAACAAUAAACAAUAAGUAAUAAAUAUUAAUCAUCAUCAUCAUAGUAGAUUUACACUCGCGUACGAGUCGCGAGACGAAGAACGAGCCAAAGCACAAGGCAUUACAUAGCGAGAAAGAAAGGUCAUGCCGUUUAGACAUUAAAUAUAAUCAUGGAUAUAGACGAAAAGGUUUCUGGGCCCGGUGGGGCCUCGCAGAAGAAUUGGACCCAUUUGAAUGCCACCAGCGACGAAUUGCCCCUCGAAAUGCGUUUCAACCAUGGCCACAUGGUCUCCAUAGUGGUGUACAGCGUUCUGAUGAUGGUAUCAGCGGCUGGAAAUUUAACAGUUCUAUCACAGCUGGUGAAAAGAAGACGAGCUGGACGAGCCAGUAGGCUGGAUGUGUUGCUAAUGCAUUUGGCGGUCGCUGACCUUAUGGUGACGUUUCUGAUGAUGCCGUUGGAGAUCGCCUGGGCGGGCACUGUCCAGUGGAGGGCUGGUGAUCUCAUGUGCAGGUUGAUGAUGUUCACGAGGACCUUCGGAUUGUAUCUCUCCAGCUUCGUAUUGAUCUGUAUCGCGAUCGACAGAUAUUACGCUAUACUGAAGCCUUUGAAUGUAACAUGGGAGGCUCGUGUCCGCCGCGCCCUGACGGUUGCAUGGGUCUGUGCUGUUUUCGCCAGCCUGCCUCAGAGCUUUAUAUUCCAUUUGGAAGAACACCCCGACGUUAGAGGAUACUACCAAUGCGUUUCCUACGGCUCGCUGCCGACGGAGCGUCACGAGUUCGCCUAUUUUCUCGUGAACAUGGCCCUGAUGUACGUGGCACCGCUGGUCUCAACACUCUACUGCUCUUCAGCGGCCCUUCUUGAGAUUAUACGGAGGGCUAACACUGCUAAUGAUAAAAUGCGUCGCAGUGGAGUUGGUAUUUUAGGACGAGCUCGUGCUAGAACCUUAAAGAUGACUGUGACCAUAGUUCUGGUAUUCUUCGCCUGUUGGUCGCCUUACUAUUGUUACUGUUUGUGGUACUGGAUAGAUAAAGAUUCAGUGAAAAGCUUAGACCCAGCCUUCCAGAAGGCCAUGUGGCUGUUCUCGUGCACCAACUCCUGCGCUAAUCCAAUCGUUUACGGCGUCUUUAACAGAAACCGUUGGACUUGGAGAUCGAGUCAUACCGGACGGUGUCGAAACGGUAUGCGGAGAUGUUCAAGAUUUCCACACGGCGAUUCCAUGGAAAUAUCUGCCGCGACUCUGGCCCAAGCUAGACAACGGAGUGACAGGCACAGCAGACGGGAUUCGGGAUUCACAGCAAAGAACGGAUCCCAGAAACACAUAAACAACAACAACAAUGUGAACGGUAUCGUUUGAUUGAAAUAACUAUAAUAAUAUUAUGUCAUAAUAACGAAGGACGUCCGCAACGAAAUGGUCAAUGUGUAUAAAGCGUGUAUUCUAUUUCUAAAGAAAUUCUCUCUUAAGCAUAUUUUAGUUAACAAAGGAGAGCUUUAAAGUCUUUAUACAUAUCUAUAUAUAGGAUAAGACAUAAGAUUUAGUUGUUGUUCGUUUUUGUAUAUAGUAGUCGAGAUAUGUGAUAAAUAUUUUAUAUGUUUUACUAACGGCUUGUUGUUCUUUCAAAGUUUAUAAAUACAAUACAUCAAGACAUUCCUUUUGAAUAAUUUUGAUACUCACUUUGUGUAUGUUGUGUUUGAUAUAUAUUUGUAAUUUAACUGAGAUAUAUUUGAAGGUUUUAUAUGUUUUAGUUUUGUGCCCCUAGUAUGAGUUUUCCGCUGUCUGUAGUUGUUAUAGUUUUCAAGUUUGAUGUUCUAUUGUUCAUUGCUCCUACUAUGCUUUAUAUUAGUAUGAAUCUUCAUCAUUAAAUAUAACAUUUGUAAACCAGAAAGCUCGUAGUAGGGGCACUGAAUCGUACGUUGGCUGUGAAGUGAUAGAGACUCGGUUUAUGUCACAAGUGAAAUGGAAUUUGUACCAAAUAAGCCUUAAUAUGUAAGUUAAAUUGAAAUUUUUGUUAAUAAAAAUAGAAAAUAA